AAAAUUAAACAGUUAAUUAAAUUUUUUACUAAAUCACCAAAACAUAGUGAAUAUUUGGAUACUGCCCAACAAGAAUUUCAACAACGUGGUUUGUCUUUGCCUAUAUUCUUAACACAAAAUCAAAAUAUUACUGAAGCUGAUAUGUCAGGUGAUUCAGAUAAAGAAAAUUUGGAUAAUUCUGAUGAUGAAAUAACAAAUAUUGCAAGUCAAAAUACGAAUCAGAAUCAUACUACACAAGCUAUUCUUAAAACAUUACAACAUACAAUAUAUGAUUCUUUAUUUGAUUAUUGGGGUGAACCUUUAAUGCCUGGAUUACUAGCAACACUUUUAGAUCCUCGAUUAAAAACAUUAGCAAAUUGGAGUAAUGAUAUUCAAGAUAUGGCAAAAAAAGAACUA